UCGAUGGCAUCUAGCAGCGACUGCUCUUCCCUGCUGGUCCAUCCUCCUUCUGCCUCGGGACCCCAGAGAGAGAACCGACCGCCGUCGACCUGCUGGUAGCCGUGCCAUCUCCGGUGAUUACCUAUUUCUGCGCCCGCCGAGAAGCACUCCGGGCACAGCUCGAUAUCGGGGCAGUCGGUGCAGCGAAGCCGCAGGUUCGUAACAUCUGCAAGGCAGUUCACGCAGUACUUCUUCCCCAGGUCGGCCAUGUUGCCUGGCUCCUGCUUCUUGUUGUUGGAGGCAGAACUGCGCGCCUGCGCAGCGCGAGCCUUGCAGCGCGACCUACUCACAUCCUGCUCGUUAAUAUUCAUGAGCAGGGUUCAGGGCGCCUCUGAUUGGCUCCCGAAUCCAGUUUCCAGGACAACCGAAACAAAACGAACAUUUUCAUUGACUAGAGAAGUGCACGAGCCCUAUAUCGAAAGACAAAUUAAAUAAUACUUUUGGGGAUUAUGGUACUCUUGAAAAAUGGACGAAAAACCAGAACAUGAGGUGAAGAAUGACACAGAGAGGGUGGUGUUAGUGGAUUCAUCAAAUGAGGAAGACAGUUCUCCUGUUACUACUAAAAAGGAAAAAGAAGGUGUCCCAGCUGAAAUGGUUGCAUCAGAUCUUGAUAAAGAAAACUCUGAAAGAAUGAAAUCUAAUGAAGAGGCCCCUGUUGGAGAAGCAGAAGAGAGCAGUAGAAACGAGCUUCCUGGUGUGGACAACAUCACCAAAAGUGAAGACUUGGAUGUAAAGAUAAAUGAAGUCAAUGAACAGCCAAUGUCCUAUGAGGAGAGUGUUGUUUUUGAGAUCAACAGUCAUGAUUACAGUGGACCUUCCAGCCUGCAUCAGACUCCGGAGAGAGAGAACACCAGUCCUACACAAGAGGAGGACAAGGCGGAAGAAGAGCAAUCCACCGCUGCUCCUGCAGACAGAGUCGACACCGACUAUGAAGAAUACACGCAGCUCCUCCAGGAGCUGUGUGAAGAGAGAGGUAAAGCCAGCCAACACAGCGGCCACCUGCAGAUGAAGCUGGCAGAGUAUUUCCGUAAGAAGGCCGGGGAGGACGCCCAGCUGGAGAGGAUGAUGCCGGUGUCGGAGCAGCAGCAGGAGUAUGAGAAGUACAUUAACCUCCUGACUCACCUGAAGCAGCAGCUCACCACUGACUCAGAGAACGCUCAGCAGCAGGCAGAGGAGCUGAGGUUACAGUCCCAGAAGAAGCUGGACAUGGUGGAAAAUGAAUGGCGAGCUUUCGUGGCACUGAAGCGUGAUUUAGCUGUGACAUUUCUAAGCCUGGGUAAACAAGCUGCUCAGGCCAAAGUGGAGUCAACCCUGGCAGCAGAGCAGCUUCGGCAGGACGAGCUGAUCAAGCUGCGCCUCAACCACAUCAAGCUGAGGACCAAGAUUCACAGGCUGGAGGCAGAGCUUUGGAACAGAGAGGAACACACCAGGGACCCUCUGAAGCUCCAGUUUGAGCAGUUGCAGGCUGAGAGGCUGGAGCUGAAAAAACACACGGAAAAGCAAAAUGAGGAAUCGUUAAAGAUGCAGAAAAAGAUCAGCAGCAGCUUGGAGGUCCUGUCAAACGUAAAGGAGAAGCUGUUCUGGAGCAAAACGGAGGUCCAGGCCAAGCGAGAGCAGCUGGUCAAGGUGGAUGCCACGGUGGCCAGGAUGAGGGGCCUGCUGACCAAGACUAAGCAGGCACGCAACAGCCUGCAGAGAGACAACCAGAGGUUGAAGGAGUGUUGUGGACUGCUUGGGAACAGGGUCCUGCUGCAAGACUUUGAGGACACCGUGGACUACUCCGAGCACCUAGAAGAACAACUGGAGAAUCUCAAGGGCCGGCAAGCUGAGAUUGUCUUCAGCUGUGGCAGAUGGAGGAAGCAGCUCGGGACAGAUUCAACAUAGAAAAAUCAGGAAUGAAAAUGAGCAUCUGGC